AUGGAACAAGGAACAAAUAAAGUGUUUAUAAAUCCUAAUUUUAAUAAGAGACCUAGUAAUUAUGUUCCUGUGGGAAAUGUGCCUGUAAUGCAUGUGAACCCAAACUUCUAUCAACACUUAAAGAAUGUGCAGCCAAUGCCUAAGCCAAAAAUUUAUAUAAAUCCUAACUUUGUCAGACGGAAUGGAACCAACAAUCACCAAAUUCAGUAUGUUAACACUAUUAAUACUCCACACUCUUAUGUGAAGUCACACCCCCUCAUGGACAGUAGUAACACAUUGAUUGCAACUGUUGCUGCAUGUGUUAGCCAUGACUCUCAGAGCUCAGUUCAAAACAACAAAGCAAGUCCUAAUUUUAGUAGACCCAAUAAAGUGGAUAAACCUGUUCUAUAUGUAAAUAAUAAUAGUAAUAUUACAAAUUGUUAUAUUAAGCCAAGCCCAUUAAUAGAUAGCAGUAACACAUUGACUGCAAGCUCCAUUCAUACCAGUUCAGUUCCACAACAACCCUACCAGACCCACUCUCGUUAUUCACUGGUGAGGUUAAAGAAACCUGAGGAGCCAUUAACUAAUAUUGUCAAACAACAAACAAGUACAAUAAAAAUUAGCAAAUACAAAUCUAUCAAACUAACUGAUGUAAAAAAGAACCUUGACUCUUUAAAACCUGCUGUAAAAGUAACACCUUUUAAAGUUUCUAACAAUCAUAAAUCUUUGAUAAGGACUAUUCACAACCAUAAAGUUAUUUCCAAAACCCCCACCAAAAAUAAAAAUAGCUAUAAACUUGUCAUAUCCACAAUUGGUAAAAGCAAGCCACACUUUAAGAGGCAGACAUCCAGUACUCCUAAGAAAAUAAUAAGCAGUCAAACAAGAAUCAAAGCUCCUGGUGUCUACAAGAAAAACAAUAUUCCGUGCCCACAGUUCCGCAAAUAUGGAAAAUGCCUACGUAAAUCAUACGGAAAAUGCGAGUUUCUCCAUGAUAAAAAGCAUGUGUCAAUAUGCAGGAGAUUUCUUAAUGGUGUGUGCCAUAACAACGAUUGCUUACUGUCACAUGAACUCUCUGAUAAAAAAAUGCCGACUUGCUACUUUUAUCUAAAAGGAAUGUGUACCAAGGAUGGUUGUCCUUAUCUUCACGUUAAAUUGAACGAAAGAGCCAAAAUUUGCCUUGAUUUUAUGAAAGGCUAUUGUGAAAAAGGUGACAAAUGUUUGAAUAGACAUGUUGCUAAAAGUUUAAACGUAGAUAGAAAUCGAAAACUUACCUUGAAGAAGCUGAUGCAACAGAAGUUAAUUAAAUAUAAACUUGAAAAGAAUAAAGUUAAAAGUAAUACGAACAGUACGCAAAAAAGGAAAAGUAAACUCCACUUGAACCAACAGUCUUCGCAGGAAAAUAAUGAUCAUGCUAAUAGAUAUUAUAAAGAAUCAGUAACGGAAUCAAAUAGUAGCGAAAACUUGGAAAUUAAACCAACGAGGUGUAAAUUGGGCACCUUACCGUCCUUCAUACAAUUGUAGUAAAGUAAUCCAAUUCUAAUUUGGAGAAUGUUGUAUUUAAUUAUCUUUGAGAAGGCUAUGAUAUCCCUUUUAAAAAGAGUAAUUUGUGCCUUCUUUUAUUAUUGUAAAAUAAAACUUUACGUUAAAGUGUGCUGCCCAUUAAACUGUUGAACACACUUAGAACAGUGUCAUUUGUAAUGAAGGCGUUGCCAAAUGUUCCAAUUACAGUUUACUAUGACAAAGUACUACAGUGCUCAACAUUUUCAGUAACCUAAACAUACAUUUAAGUAUGUGAUGGGUAGAGAUAUGCUCUGUUUUAAAUUGAUAAUUAGGUACCAAAGCAUGCUUAUUGUAAACUAUGAAUUAAUUAUUUCUAAGUUUUACGUUAUAAAUCGUGUCAUUCACGAUGACGUGUGCCUUGUGUCGUAUUGUCAUCUUAUUAAAUGUUAGAUUUGACAAAUCUGCGCGUCAUCGUGGAUGACACGAUCUAUACACCCUGUUAUCAUUGACGUAGGUAUUUCUUUUAAUUGAAUACAGUGAUGAAACAAUAAUAAGACGAGAUCCGUAAACUUAAAUAAUCGGACAGACAGACGGACAUGACGAAUCUAUAAGGGUUCCGUUUUUUGCCAUUUGGCUACGGAACAAAUUAUUUGAAGUUUUCCCCUGAUAUUCGUCUUAUUAUCGUUCCACUGUAUAGUUGAGCUAAUAUCAGGUGACCUUUUUACACAUCACCAAACGAAAAAUCACCUGAUAAUAGAAUUAAAACAAUCACAAUUAUUAUCCAGUGGCGUUAGUGAGCACGUUGAUGGGCUCUUAACUUUUCUUCCGAAAUCCUAUUGUAUCUAAUAUUGCGGUACAAUAAUAUUAUACAGACGACACUCAGUGCAUACUUACUCAGAUUUAAGGUGCGACCACACCGCAGCUUAAAAAACGGUCACGAUACGGAAUCGCAGUGACGCGUCGUAUGCGUAUCGUUUUUGCGCAUGCUCCCCACACCGCUGCUUAAAAUACGCUGACGCACCGUAAAUUGAUCUGCGUAAAAAUCGCAAAAAAUAUAACACGGAGAUCUUAUGGCAGACACCACACCGGUGACAUAAAAGACGCAACUGUUUUGUAAAUGCAGCGUUUUUUACGCAAAGAUUUGCGAACAAAAAAUAUUCGCGUGAAGCAAGUCACUGCGAUUCCGUACCGGCACCGUUUUUUAAGCAGCGGUGUGGGGAGCAUGCGUCAAUAACGGUACGCAUACGACGCGUCACUGCGAUUCCGUAUCGUGACCGUUUUUUAAGCUGCGGUCUGGUCGCACCUUUAAUUUUGAAGGAAAAACGGCAGUCACUACAGAAAGCGCUUGAGGGGGGUUUCAACUGACAGGUUAUUGACUAUUGAAUGUGUUUAUCUUGUUUUUAACCACGAAAAUUCUCUCAGUUGGAACCUAUUCGAUUGCAUCGCCAUCUUACAUCUGGGUUGAGCUCUGCGCAUAGAUUCUGUGCCGAAAGAGUCUGACCACCAAGUUUUUACCAGUGGUAACUACUGGGAUUUUUUUCCUCAGUAGCUACCACUGGUAAAAGAUGGGAUUUUUUUCCGGUAGGUAACUGCUACCGAAAUUUUGUUUUUCUACUCGUCGACUGUAAUGGUUGCAUUAAGAUUUCGUACAGCACAGUUUGGUAAAACUGUAAUUGGGUACUUUUCAUGUAUGGGCUCCCAACUCAACUAUAAUAUUCAUUUCGAAACGGUUUAGUCAACUAUAAUGAAAUGGACCAAUUACAGCUCGCCGCGGUCAAGAAGUCGAAACAAAACGAUAGCUCAAUAAUAUUUUAUACAAUCGUGAUAUAAUAGAGAGCUUUUCAGUCGAGUAACAUGUUUUAGCAACGAAGCUGAGUUGCCAAAGUGAGGUACGAAAUUGAAAAGCUUGAUUAUAUCACUAUUGUAUACAAUACUUUUUCUACGAGUCAAAAAAUAAUACUUUAAACUAAUAAAAUCAUACAGGUAAACUAGCCAAAAGUAUACAGCAAUUUAAGAUACGCGAGCAGCCGCGAUACUUUCAUACUCGACGCGCCCCGGCCGCCGGGACCCGGCGGGGUGGUCAACGACACCUACUCGUACGUAACUCAUGAAGCCCUGGUACUUGCUCCUUGAAAUUUGGUAUGUAUGUAAAUAAAAAGCCCUUUCUUUAUUCAUGUCCUUCAUUUGACAUUUGGGGACCUCGAGGAAUCGCAGCCAUCUUGGAAAAUGUGUACCAUCCUGGAGAAAUUCGCGUUUUACUCAAAAUCUACAUUAUCUAGGCAAAUAUGGUGUAAGACAAGAUUAACAUUAUUUGUUCUUAGGUUGUGCAAUAAAGAGGAUUUGUAUUGUAUUAAAUUGUAAGGUAAAAGUACUAGUGCUCGACGAUGCACUAGUCACCGACAUGGGCACUUUGUCAUAGAAAUAUAGGUUAAAUUUGAACAACGAAGAUUUUUCUGUAUUCGAACUUAAUCCUUGUCACUUUAACAUAAAGUGCCAAUGUCGAGUACUAGUGCAGCGUCGAGCACUAGUACUUCUACCUUAAAGCUUAUUAAAUUCUACACAAAAAAGUCCUAGUUAUCUUUCCGGAAAAACCACAUCUUGUUAUAGAAAAUACUUGCUGAAGCUAGGUUUAGCGCUUAUCCAGGGGACAUUCUCUUAAUAGGAAACUCGGGAGAAUAUGAAUUCCACUUUAGUCUAUACAUUUGUACAGAUCUACCCCAAUAUCAAUAUUUUAUUCAACUGUGACUUAACCAGAAAGUAGGGUUAUGGGUUUAAGUACUGAUGAUUCAGUACUGUGAAUGUUGGAAACAGAUUUUAGGUCUUAAUUGGGGUUCAAACGUAUAAUAGUGACAGUAAUAAAAUUUGACACAUACAAUCUCUGGGAUCCAUGUUAAAGUUCCUUAAAAUUCGAGCUGUACCCACCACGAGGAUCAGGCGCCAUCAUGAUAACUAUACGUCUUUUUUUUUCUAUUUUUCUCAGGAUAUAUGAGUUUUAUGUGAAUAUUGUGUAUGGCGAAACGGAAGCUUAUUAUAUUCCACACAAAAAUAAUGUCAAAUGAUAUGGACAUGAAUAUAGGGGCCUUUUAUUUACAUACAUAAUAGGUAUAUACCAAAAUUCAGGACGGUCCAAGAAAUUUCGAGGUUUGUUCUAUUCCGAUUGUGCUAUACACUAUUUAGACUGUUUUUAUUAGUAUUGAACUUUAACAAAAUGUUUGCAGUAACUACUGGAAAAAAAUCCCACCUUUUACUAGUGAACUACUAGAAAAAAUGGUCGGACUCAAAACCGACACCGUGGCCAUGUCAUCGCCAUAAGCCAUCCGACACCACUGUGCUCUCCACAUGCUGGCCCGUCCCAUCUUGGUGGGCCGGUAUGACGGCCCAUCUUGUAGAGGAGCUAAUGGAAUAUGUACAUUCCACCGCCUUCUCUUUCCGCACAGACUCUUUGCUUUUCGGUUUAGAAGCAAGAGCAAAGAAUAAUAACAUUUGCAAAAGUAUGGAAGCAGGGUAGAAAAUUAUGUAGAAUAUUUUUUUUAAUAAAAUAAAAUACCAAUUUGUAA